UCUCACAAUUCUACUGGUUCACCUUCAAUAGAUUCUUUUAUAAGCUACGAUAUUUCCCGCGCUCAUAUUGACGGAAAAGAAGAUAUACAGAAUACUAUAUUUUCUGAUCUUGGUAUCAGAGCAACUCGACAUCGUUCUUCUUCCUUUUCCCAAUUUCAACAAAUUUCUAAAACUCAAAAUAACAGAUUAGCUGGCGUAAAUAUUUCUUCGAAUCAUGUUGAUGAAGAAACCAUCAUAUCCCCACUUAUUCUUGAUAAAUCUGAAAUUAAUUAUACAAAGCAGAUCAAUCCAGUUGCACAAAAAUUGGAGAGAAAGUUCUCUCUUCCAUCCUCAAAGCAUCCUCAUCAAGAUGGGAUUAAAGAACAUAUUCAAAUUCACUUGGACGGUGCCUUGCCUGACGUUAAUACAUGUCAUAUAUCUCCUAUCACCAAGACGCCCUCUCCUCGACAUACUGCUUCUCCGAUAGAAUCUGCCACUUUUUCUCGUCGCCCUCUAAUUCGGCGCCAGCUUUCAGCAGCCGCGGCUUAUCCAUCUACUAGUCAACAGUUAUCUUUUGGUAUUCAGCCACGAAAAAUAAGUUUAAAUCGCCAAGAUGCUAUUUUCUAUGAUCAUUUAACCCCAACCGUCUCCUUUCCGCAAAUCCUGACUGUUGCGCGAUCAAGUCCGGCUGGCUGGCUUACACCCCAACCUCGAAAUCUCAUGACCGCUCCUCACCUUUCCAUUACUACAGCUGCCGAUAUCGUCGACCACUCAUCAACAUUGUUUUCAAAAGGUCCUGGCUUGAGUUCAGGAACCUGGAUAAAUGCGAGCCGGGAUGGUGUUAUUCUCAGUAAGGGAUUAUAUUGUUCCUGGCAGAAUAUACCAAAUUUUUGUUUGCCUUCUAUUUAUGCUUCCUCUUAA